CAGACGGAAGAAUGAUGUAAACUGUGUUCUCUUUAACACACUCAUCACCAUUAUUAGCAUUCGUCGUGGCUAUGGCUGAUGAUGAUCCAUUAUUAACGGUGCUACACGAGAAAGAAUUCUCAAUACUGAUGAAAAACACCCGGUGGCCACCCAAAUCAUUCACUCUUGUCCAUUUCAAGCUCUGAAAAUCCAAUUUGUACACCCAAACGUCAAUGAUUUUGUUUUCGUCCCGCUGGCCAUGGAAAAGAACGACCAGGUAGAGGUGGCUUUGAGAUUCAACCAAGUAGUUUCUCCCGAACCACAUAUUUCUCACGAGCAGAGGAUAAGGAUAAGGGAUCUUUCCAAUUCUCUUUUCUCCUGGUAACAACAAUGGCCUCGUUUCCAUUCGCCCGUCUUCAUCAAAACUCAUCUCCAUGAGUUUUUUAUGCUUUCGGUCAAGGCAAUAAAUCUUGGUCCCGCAAAGGACAGAGUAAGUAAAUGGCCGAGGGCGAUCAAACUCUUGUUCCCUCCACUGCGGCUCUUUUGUGCCCCCUAGGCGACACCACAUGGCGUGUUCGCCAAAACUUUGGAAGAACGCGACUACACACGUGGGGUCCCCGGGAGGCGCGGUUAGGAUGCAAUGAUACUUGGGUGAAAACCCAACAUCACUAAUCAAGGGUUUCGGCAACGGAGGGAGCUUGAUCUUCUCCAUGGAGACGGGGUUUAGCAAAAAACAACUCUUGCUUGAUUUGGGGUGCAAGUCCAACAUGACUAACCAGCCAUGAGAGCUGCUGGUGCAGAUUUGCGAGUUUGACAUGUUUGGUAUCCUCCUCUUCUCCCAUUUUCCUGUUUCCACGUCGUAAAAGAUCUGUCCCUUGUAUUGUUUUUCAUAGAAAUAUACAAUCCAUGGAUAUUGGUUGCGCGGUGGUGGUGGUGGAAGACGAGCUUUCAUCAUGUUUCUACCUUGUCACCUGCACCUGCAUUGAAUUGAAAGAAUGCAAAUAAAAUUCAGAAUAUUUCCUGCACGAGAUGUUUGAUAGGAUGGCUGAAAGAGGAGUUAAACGGAGGGUGGAUACUAAUGAAUUAAGCAGAUCACAAAAGCAUCUCCCUUUUCAGUUUCAUCAGUCCAUGGCCUGAAAUUUAGCAUCAGGUCCAUAAAGGCCUUAGAGCACCCGCAUUGGAUGGAGGAGUAAAGAUUGGAUUACUUUCACUUCCCUCCUCCACAUCAGAUUUUGUGCACCCAAUAUACAACUUCUCCAUAACAACGUUCCCAUGACAUUGGGUUCCAAUGUCAUGGGAUGACCCGAGGGUGCCCCGGUGCCCCAGUUGCCUUUUGAAAAUAGAUGUGCACUGUGAUGAAUGCAAAUUCUGUUUGAUGGGGGUGCUCAGUUCAAUUUCGGGGGUAUAUACUGUGGACAUUGAUGCUGAGAAAGGGACAGCAACAGUGGUGGGAGAAGUGGAACCAAAUGCUCUGUUAAGGGCACUGUCAGAUUCAGGAAAGCAUGCCGAGUUGGUCCGAGUCACCCUAAGGGAUCCAAGAAUGAACCGAACCGCCACAGCCUACGGGACAUCAUCAUAUGCUUCUUCUUACUCUCCUUACUAUAACAACCAAACCUAUGACUAUACCAACAGAAAUAGUUAUGCUUACAAUCCCAUUGAAUACGACCCAUGGAGCACUAGAGAUUACUCCCGGUACCAAACAGGCCCUAGGGCAGUCCCAGGAUAUGGCUAUCAUCAAGAAGUGAAUAGUUACGGGGGAUACCUGCCACCUGCUCAAUAUGCGUCGUCAUAUCCACUUCCAAGGGUUGAUGAGUAUGUAGCAGCAGAUGCUUCAGUACCUCUCUGCACUGUCAUGUGAUCUGCUUAAUCUGCAGUUAUAUAAAUACUAAACAUUUGUCUUUGAUCAUUAUUUUUUUUACCUGAUCAAAGACAAGAUAUGUUUAAGAUUUGUAUUUCUAGGACUACUUUAUAUGUAUUGUGACUUGAACUUCAAUAUUGUGCUGAUGAAUGUACUCCAGAAAACCAAGGCACUGUUUUUUUUUUUGGUUUUAUCUGGUGGCCAUUAUCAACUUACUGCAAUGAAUGUUGCCAAUAGAU